AUGGAGGCAAUAGAUUUCAGCACUUACCCUCCAACUCCUGUCGUUUGGGCUUAUACUGCUGUGGACUCAGCAUGUGAACCAUUGGGGUGUACCGAUUGGCGAGACCGACUGCCGCAUCGAUGGUCACAGGAAGGGGCUUGGCUGUCGGGGGAAUUUAAGAUCGUUCGAAGUAUGUCGGAAUUGAAGCCGCCCCUGUUAACGUAUCAGCAAUAUCUACAACAGGAGUACAAUGACAAUGGCCAAGGCCAAAUACGGUCGUCAAUAGGCUUGAAAUCACUGUACAACUACGCAUUUAAAACGUCGUCCACCAGCCUUGCAGAGCUUACCACACCCACCGCGAUAUGUGCCUUAUUUAUGCUUGUCAUUGUAUUGAGAAGAAUCAAAGCAAUCCUGCUGCCACGGUUUUCAGACUUGGGGCGGCAAGCAGCACUGCACACUCACGGAAGACAAUGGCUGGAACAAACGAACAACCAAACCAGAAUUGUUAAAUUUGGAGAAUACGUCUUUCGGUUGAUUUUUCACACUGCCGUUUCGAUUGCUGGAAUUGUAUACUUUUGGGAUAAGGAAUGGUGGAAGGCUGAUGGGACGAAAUCGUUAUGGAUUGGUUACCCUAAUCAACCCAUUGAUGCAGGCAUGGCGUGGUAUUACUUGGCGCAAUCGGCGUACAAUGUGGAAGCAAUGAUUUCCUUAUUAGAGAUUAGCUUUGUCAUCAAGACAGCUACGAAGGGAAAAUUUCCUGGUUUCCAUAUCGAAUGGAGUCCGAAUGUUCGAGGGGAUUUUCGAGAAAUGUUUGUCCAUCAUGUGAUCACAAACAUGCUCAUUUUGGGCUCUUCUAGCUUUCGGGUCACACGAGCGGGUAGCAUGGUCUUCCUCGUCCAUGAUAUUUCCGAUAUACCGGUGGAUUUGUCGAAAUUGGCAAACUUUUUGAAAUGGAAAGCGUCCACAGCGGUCUGUUUUACAGCAAUGGUGGUCCUGUGGUGCAUCACGCGGUUAAGCAUACUGCCCUUUGUCAUCUUCAAAAGCGUCAUGAUUGAAUCAUGGAUGGUUUGUGCGAAUGGUGUGGUGGAUCCCAUAUUAUACGUCUUUUACCAACCGAUCUUUGUGUUCUUGAUCGGACUACUGAUCCUGCUACACGCCGCAUGGUUCACAAUGUUCCUGCAAAUGGGAUACUACCUCGUUUUCAAAGGGGAAGCGCAUGAUUUAUCGGAACACAAAACCGGAGAAACCCUAGGGACUGCUACAAAAAGAAAGAUAAAUUGA